UGUCAAACAGUAAAGUUUCUCUGGAGCCUCCAUGCAAACUGUCAGCUGGAGACAAACUGGGAAACCCUUUGGACCUUGCAGAAAUGGGGGCAGCAUCUUUAUAAAAGCAACACUGGGGUGAGAAAAAUAUCCAGUGCUCUGCAUUUGCACCAAGGACUCGAUACAUCCGCCUUGAAAUCGAAGACAACACAGGGGAAUUACAAGAGAAACGCAGAAGCUGCAAGACAAGAAGAGCAUCAGAGACGAUAUUCGGGACCUGAAAACACAGAUCCACAUUUGUGACGACUUGGACAGCCUGCAACCUGCCGCCUUUGAGGUGCCUUUACCAUGGUGACACUAAAGGAAUCAUACACUUUACAAUAAAGCCAGAGGAAAGACUCCUUGUUACCGUUUGCAUCGCCUCACCCUCCAGCGUCUCGACCCCCUUUGCUCCCACGCUCACCCGGUGCAGCCAUGCAUCUCGAGGUGAAGGUCGCCCUCAACUUCAUCGUGUCCUACUUGUACAACAAAUUGCCUCGACGCCGGGCGGACCUGUUCGGCGAGGAGCUGGAGAGGAUACUGAUGUCUCGGUUCGAGGGUCACUGGUACCCCGAAGCCCCUCUUAGAGGUUCUGCUUUUCGCUGUAUUCACCUCGGAGCCCCGACAGACCCCGUGGUGGAGUUAGCCGCCAAGAGGAGUGGACUGGACACCGAGGAGGUUCGUGCAAAUGUUCCUGCAGAGCUCAGCGUGUGGAUCGACCCGUACGAGGUUUCCUACCAGAUCGGAGAAAAGGGGGCGGUGAAGGUUCUCUACCUGGAGGACCCUCCUGGGCUCGGGUGUGACAGCGAGAGGCCUGAGGGGCCGAUCAGAGAGGGAGACGCAGAGGCGGAGGAGGCCAAGAGUUUGGGGUUCAACCCGGACGCUCAGGUGUUCGUGCCGAUUGGGAGCCAGGCAUCCCCCUCCCUCAUGCCGUCGCUCUCCAGCUCCCCCACACCGAUGUCCAACGCCCUCUUCAGCUACCCUAGCUCCAGCACGCCCACCGACCCCGCCGCCCACUCCUCCAAUACCUCCACCCCUUCUCCUCCCAGCGGCGGGCUGCCCUACCUCUCCGCUCAGCAGCCGCCCUCCGCCAUCCCUGCCGCCCGCCCUCAGCCCAUCACCUUUACCACCGCCAGCUUCGCUGCCACCAAAUUUGGCUCGACCAAGAUGAAGAAGUGCAGUGGGGCCGGGUCGACGGCCAGCUCCGGCGCCGUCAUCCCGCCCACCCAGAGGAUGCUUACUCGCUCCCCCACCGCCAUCUUGGCGCCGGACCUGCUCAAGCACAAGCCCCUGUCGCUGUCCUUGCACUCCCUCGGAGGAGCUCCCAUCGCCAGCCAGCUCUCCCCCAAUGCCAAAGAGUUCGUCUACCCAGGAUCGCCGGGCGCCCUUUACUUCGAAACCGACUCCCAGCCCAUGCAGCCUCACGCCAGCCCGUUCCAUGCGCCCCACACCAACCCGUCCUUUGACCCCUUCUCCAGCCCUCCCCCAGCCCCCAGCGUGGGCAUCAUCGGGAGCAACGGGGGAAUCCCCUACAUGGAGAAGCCGCCGUUCGUGGAGGGGCUAGGAAGCUACAACCUGCAAUACCCCAGCCAGUCCUUCCAGCCGGUCGUGCUGGCCAACUAAAGCCUUCAUUUGUACCGAGAAAGAAAUGUUGUCCCGAGGUGGGUUUAAAAAAUUACACUCCAGAUAUUGUUACUUUUUUCUAACAAAUUGUUCUGAUACUAAUACGAGAUGAGAAUUUGUUUUACUACGAGGAUUUAAAAGUACCAUUUCCACUGAAUAACUAAUGCCGUUUUUGUUACCUCCAAUCUCGCCGUACCUUUUCAUUUGUUGCUUUGAUGACCGGAGUGGUGUGGAGGGUGGGUUCCUUUCUACAUUUGAGUCCUUGCCAAUCGCUUUUAUGUUCAUGAUUUUGCAUUGAAUGUUAAGGACUUGUUGUUGUGUUUGUUUUUUUCUUGGUUUAAUGGACCCGGUUCUAGUGUAGCUCCAUUUUUGCACUGCACUGUCAUGCUGUGAAAGAAGCACCUCGCCAAGUCCUGCAGGGAACGACGGCUGUGUAGAGCUCAGCACUUUGCUCUGCAAUCUGCUCUGCCCUACUUGCCACAAAUACAGAGAAGUGGGUGGGGGGGGUUUUGUGUGUGUGUGUGUGUGCGUGUGUGUCCCAUUGUUUGUACGGUGGUGGGCCCUUUCGACUCGCCGGGCGUAUAUUGGGAGCAGUGUGUCGUCAGCUGGGAUGAGUGUACAUGACACGGGCGUAAAUGAAGCGAGAGCAGUGGAGGGAGCAGAAAAGGCAGCUUGGGGGAGUAAAGGGAGCGACGUAGGGGAAUGUAUUGCAUCUGUCGGGGGGAUACUGCAGCCAGGAAGGUCAGGGAAACCUUGGUGACACGAGUUUGCAUUUUAAAACUAUAAACCCUGCGCUGAUACCUCAAUUAAACACACUGGGAGCUAAUUCAUGCUUUCAUACGUGCACACACACACACAGGCGGUAGUGUGUGAAGGUGAAAAGGGAUGCAGCAGGCAUUGUGAUAAAUGGCUUAGCAUGACUUUGAAGGAGAGGUUUUCCUCAGCAUGAAGAAGAGGAAAUGAAAGGGAAAGCAGAAGCUGCUAGAGGCUUCUUUCGCCUCGGUGGCAUCCAGGCUGUAUUGGCUUGGAGAGCUUUAAAACCCAGAACACGUUUGUGGUGAGCUUAAAUGCUAUUGAAGCCAACUAUUCUCUCCCUCCUCUUGAAAUUCUCCUCUUCUCCUCUGGUUGCUGACAAAAGAUUCAUACAGAUGAGGGAUCCUCAAUUGGUCUGCGGCUUUUUCUGUCUCUUUAUCGGUUAGGUUUUGAGUCCUGUCUCUGACAAUGGUUUGUUUACCAGCCGGGUCCACGUGAUUGUUGGUUAGUCUCUGCAGGGAGGGGUAGCUCUCAGAUGAGCAGCACUUUAUUUCUGAGGCUGUGUGUGGCUACAUCAUUCCUUUACCCUCCAUGAAAUGCUUUAGAGAUUCGAACAGGAGCUUGAUUUGUAGACGCAUCACGCUGGUGAGGAGAUGCUGGUAGUCUGUUUAUUUGAAUGUUUUCAGAAACCCAUUAUUAAAGAGGACCCUUGCAACGUGACCGCUUGUCAUUUGCAUGCAAGAUUUUACUGUCUUUUCAAGGGAAUGGGGGGAGGUCUAUAAAUGUGAUUAUGAUUGUUCGGGAAAAGAUGCAUUUAUAUAAUUCUUUUGUUUUUGUAAUUUAUUUCUAAAUAUUUUGGGUUUUUUUUGCAAAUAUGAUCACUGACAUUUGUACGAGUAAAGAAAAGACAAGUCCAGGAAAAAUAUGUAUAUAUACAAAGUUCUUACGUUCAGAUUUAUUUGUUUAGUUUCUUACAUGCCGAGGUUAUUUUUUCAGAAAAUAACGUGAAUAUAUGCAAACGAGACAAAAAUAAAGAUGUAUAGAAUAAAGUAUUGAAUGUGUAUUGUACCUUGUACCUUUUUGGCAUUUGUCUAAUAAGACGGGUAAAUGUAUUCAUUCUUCAAGUCAGAUUUGAAGUUUCAGAUGUGAAUGUUUACAGUGGGUUUGUGGAAAGAUGGCUGAUUUCAUUUUGACUGUGUGCUCCCAGGGCAGUCUGACAACACUACUCCCCACAGGCAGUGCAUUUAAACCAAAAAUUACACAUUUCAGUUUUUUUGUCAAUUCCUUCCAUAUUUAGAGUUACCCUGCUUAUCUGUUAUCCUCAGAGCAAACUUAUCCAUUUAUUUUUCCCUGCUUUAUUCAAGCACAUCCACUCACCCACCCAUAGACAUGCAUUUAAACCAAAACAAUCCACAUUUUACAUUUAUUUUCACAUGCAAAGUCAAUUUCCUCUUUUCUUUUGCCUGAAAUCCCAUCAUAUUUGUAUUUCUCCUCUGAGGAAAAACAACCCACUUAUUUUUCCCCACUUUAUUCAGACACUACUCCCCACGAACACUGCAUUACAUUAAAAACAAUCCAUACUUUAGAUUGUUUUUGAGUGCAAUUUCCAUUAUGAAUUUUCUAAAUAAUUAGGGUCACUAAACCAUUCCCCCCCCCCCCUAGAGAUUUCCUAGAUUUUUUUUAUUUUGUUCUGCCCCUUAACCAAGUUGAGAUUUAUUAGAACACAAUGUCCUGUUAUAUAUCCCAUCACAUUCCAACGUACUUAAUCUUUUUCCCUUCCCUCUAUGAUCCUGGUCCGUUGGUCCUGAUACUAUAGCCAUAUCCCAGACUGUCUUUGCUCACACAGAUGCGCGCCCUUCUCCAGUGCAAUGUAACGCCAUAGUUUAAAUUACCCUGAAGGAUUUAAGGGGUUUCUACCUCUCUGCACCCGGGAGAAAAAAUACAAAAAAUCAGUAUAUCGUCUCAAUGAGAAGACAGUGUUACGGAAAGGAAGAAGGAAAUGAAUGUGCUGUGAAUGUGACCUGUUGUUCAGUCGACCCUGGUUGAGAUUGGCCUGCGGAAAAUAAACGAGGAAACAUUUGUGUUUUUAAAAGUGGAGUCACGUGCAUGUUCAAAAUGUCUAAGUGACCCUUUUUUUUUUUCUUCUUCUUAUUUGUGAGAUUAUCAAACGAGGUUUUAUUGAAAUUUCCUCUGUAUACGAAUCGGGCUCCUCUGAGGAUGUGACGAUUACUGUAAAAGAGUACAAACACACUCCAAACGCAGGCCAUCCAACAACCAGGGUUGGGCGUUAUGAAGGAGGAAAAACAAACAAGAAUUUUGUAUUCUGAUGUCCUUUCUGCUUAUAUCGAUGUGUGCGUUUUAUUUUGCACUUUGGAAUAUUUCAUUGUCAUAAAAGAAGUUUAUUUUCUAUGUAAAAAAAAUUAACAUUUAAGAGUACAAAUAAAUAUAAUUAAAGGUUCAGAUGUAUAAAUAUAGUGCUUUCUUUCCUGCCUGUAUUUUAUUAUUUUUUUCCUAUUUUGUAUCUGAUCUGUACACCCUGUAGAUGUAAUGAAUCUUUCACUACUGAAAUGCAAUGACCUGUUUUCUGUGCUGCCCCCACCCCCGGGAAUGGGGAGUUACUACUGCAGUUUCUUAUUGUAUCAGAUUCUUUUUUAAGUUUGUAAUAAAAAAAACAGAUUGGCAAAAAAAAUA